GAUGGCGCUGGAGGCGCGGAGGAUGGAAGGCGACGUGGAGGACGGCGAGCUCUCCGAUUCGGACUCCGACAUGCCCGGCGCUGGCUCCCCCGGGGAGCCGCAGCAGAAAUCACAUGAUGACAAUGAUUCAGGCAGACCAUUCCAGAGCAGCAUUUCGUCAUGUGCACUAAGUGUUCCUUAUCGGACAACCAAAAGUGUGGAUUCAAGUGACGAAAGCUUUUCUGAAUCUGAUGAUGACAGCUGUGUGUGGAAACGAAAACGACAGAAAUGUUUCAACUUCCCUCCUGCUAAAUCUGAGCCUUUUCAGCUUAGCCAGAGCCACCAAAACCAAACUGCUCUGGGUGGCAAGAAGGUCAACAAUAUUUGGGGUGUGGUGCUCCAGGAGCAGAAUCAGGAUGCGGUGGCUACGGAACUUGGGAUUCUAGGCAUGGAUGGUAGCAUUGACAGAAGCAGGCAGUCUGAGACUUACAAUUAUUUAUUGGCUAAAAAGCUGAUGAAGGAAGCUCAGCAAAAGGAGGCAGAGACUUUAGAUAAAGAACUGGAUGAAUACAUGCAUGAUGACAAGAAAACAUUGCUGGCAGAAGAAGAAAAUGGGCAAGGCUUUCUCAAACGGAAGCGACCUGUAAAAGAUAGGCUGGGUGAAAGACAAGAAAUGAAAUAUAAAGGAAGGUAUGAGAUAACAGAAGAAGAUUCAGACGAAAAAGUGGCAGAUGAAAUUGCUUAUCGGCUUUGUGAGCCAAAGAAAGAUUUAAUUGCCCGAGUAGUGAAAAUAAUUGGGAAAAGAAAAGCUAUCGAACUCCUUAUGGAAACAGCUGAAGUGGAACAAAAUGGUGGACUGUUCAUAGUGAAUGGCACAAGGAGAAGAACACCAGGGGGUGUUUAUUUAAACUUGCUGAAGAACACACCUAGCAUCAAAGAAGAACAAAUCAAGGAAAUAUUCUAUCUGGAAAAUCAAAAGGAGUAUGAAAACAAAAAAGCUGCUAAGAAGAGGAGAAUACAAGUUCUAGGAAAGAAGAUGAAAAAAGCUAUUAAAGGGCUUAACCUGCAAGAAUAUGAUGAUGCAUCUCGUGAGACUUUUGCUAGCGAUACAAAUGAGGCUCUGGCUUCCCUGGAUGAUCUACAGGAGGGGCAUCAUGAAGCAAAGAUGGAACCUGAAGAUAUUCUUGAAAUUGAUAAUGCACAUGAUUUGGAGAUCUUCUAGUUAAUAAUGUUCUUGAUAACAAAGUCUCUUUAAAACAUUAAAUGAGCCUUUCUUAUAAUCCCAUGGCUUCUUGUUUUCAUAAGCUGCAGAAACAUGGGAAAUAUUUGAUGCUGAAGAACAUGACAUAAUUCUUAGCUAAAUUUAACAGCAUGAAAGAUGUUAAUUGUCCUAUUACUUGUUUGCUGAGUCCUCAAAAACUAUUAAGAUUUUUCUAGAUAACAGUUCUGCAUCACAAUGCUUGUUCCUUAGGAACUUUUUUUAGCCACGUGUUAGGUUUAGAAAUUAAGGGUAUGUUUUAAGGAAAUACAUCAUAUUUAAUUUGCUGAAGCUAACGAAGUCAUCAAGGGAGCAGUGCUUCUCAUUACAGUUGAACAGAAAAAGGAGUAUAAAGUUAGUCCUGAUAAAAGAACGUAUUCUUAAUAUGGCAGUGUGUUGACAAGAAUAGCAGUGUUUAUAGGAUUAAGACUGGCAAAACCAGAUUGGUUUAUGAAAUAAACUUAAUUUUAAUGGUCAGUGACCUUUGAAUAACAACCUUGUAAAUAAGCACUGUUGAGCAAUGUAUGUUUUAAAUUUCUGCAGUAGUUUAAUCCUUCAUACUAUAAUAGUGACUUGAGCUUCCUACCUGUUCUGUCUAGACUUUUUCUGUGGUUAGACACAUACAAAUUAUACAGAUCUUUUUGUUUGAAAACAAAUAUGACUGAAUGCUUUCUGAGUAGUGAGAUUUUACUAAUUUUGAGUUCCUGUCAAGGGUCUGUAGGCUCUACGUGCAGGUAUAAACCCUUUACCUUGCAAUUCUUGUUUCCAUG